GAUGAUCAGCUGAUCUGACCGGAAACGGAAGCAGUAGGUUAAAAAAGUACGCAGAUCACAGUCCAGACAAUCGCGGACGACGCAGGAUCACAUCUGAUCAUUGAGAACCCCAAAAUGAGCUACGCAGGCGCAGGAAUGAGGAUCGUAUUUAGCCCGGGGCGCGUGCAGGUCGUUCAGGAGGAAGACCUGGUCCAGGGUCUGAAGGUUCUUGUUACCGGGGCAACGGGUCUUCUGGGUCGAGCUGUCUGCAAAGAGUUUCAGAGCAACGGCUGGAGUGUCAUCGGAACAGGAUACCGGAGGGCGCAGCCGCGCUUCCUGCGCUGUGACAUGACUGACGAGGACGCUGUCAGAAGUCUGCUGCACGAGCACAAGCCUGACGUGAUCGUGCACUGUGCUGCAGAGCGCCGUCCGGACGUCAUGGAGCGACACACUGAAGCUGCAGUUCACCUGAACGUGCACGCCACAGGCACGGUUGCUAAAGAGGCAGCUGUUUGUGGAGCGCUGUUCAUCUACAUCAGCACCGAUUACGUGUUUGACGGCCGGAGUCCUCCGUACGGCGAAGACGACUGUCCAAAUCCGGUGAACGUGUACGGGCGCAGCAAGCUGGAGGGGGAGAGGGAGUCGCUGAGGCACUGCCCAGGCGCCGUGAUCCUGCGUGUUCCCGUUUUGUUCGGCGAGGUGGAGUCGGUGGUGGAGAGCGCAGUGACGGCGCUGUGGCUGAAGGUGGAGGAGGCGGACGAGGACGGCUGCAGCGCGCUGGACCACUGCCUGCAGAGGUUCCCCACCGACGCUCGUGACGUCGCCGCUGUCUGCAGGAAGCUGGCCGAGAGAGGCAGACAGGAUCCAUCCAUUAGAGGAAUCUUCCAUUUCUCUGGGAAAGAGCAGAUGACCAAGUAUGAGAUGGCCGUUGCCAUGGCGCAGGCUUUCAACCUGCCGUCUAACCACCUCAUACCUCUGACAGAGCAGCCGGCGGCAGCUGCUCCUCGUCCAAUCAACAGCCAGCUGAACUGCUCCCGCCUGGAGCUGCUCAACCUGAGCGUGGAGCCGCGGCCGUUCUCCACCGCCAUUGCCGACUGCUUGUGGCCGUUCACCGCUGACAAACGCUGGAGGCAAACCGUCUUCCACUGAAGGUUGAAGGCCAUCAGGAGAAGAGGUGCCUGAGAUCAGGGAACCAAAUUGGACUGGAGUUCUAGAGUUCUAUGUCUGCAUAGAUUCUGAAUAUUCAGACUCAUUUGGGAGAAUUUCUGCUGCUGGUCUAUUAAAGUUCUUAAUUAGAAUGAAUGUCCAGAAGCUCUGAAGCCCUGCAGACAGAAUGACCACGAACUUGUGGUUUAAAUUAAUGUUGUGUUUCGUUCUUCUUUUAGGUCUAAGUUUAAGUUUGAAUCAGAUGAUCAUCUUCAUCCCUUCACCUCCUCUGGGGAGGAGGACUUUUUGGAAUGAACGUAAAGAACACAGCUGACUUGUUAAAAGAUUUUAAGAUUUCACAAAUGUCCACUAGGGGGAGCCACAGCUGUUGUGUUGCAGUUUAGUUUGGCAAAGAGGUUGAAGUUAAUUGUGUGUCUGUAGAAACUUUGUGGGAACUCCCAAAUGCAGCACUUUAAAAAAAAAGACGUUUGUUUUGUUUGUGUUUAGCUUUUUUGUUUGUGCAGAUCUGUGUGGCUUUAAGAAAAACAACCACUUUAACACAAAUGGAUCAUAAUGGCUGAAUCAAUAAAGCUUUGAAGCACUGAGUCCA